CACUACACUCUUGAGUUCUCUUGUUUUAUUGGUUUUUGAAUGGAGGGAAGAAGGGUCAUUGGUUGGGCUGCUAGAGAUUCAUCUGGACAUCUCUCUCCUUACUCAUUCACUCUCAGGGAACCAGGUCCAGAAGAUGUAGUAUUCAAGGUUUUGUACUGUGGGAUGGAUCACACAGAUCUUCAUCAGAUGAGGAAUGAGAUUCACUCCACUAACUAUCCUUUGGUCCCAGGGCAUGAAGUGGUGGGACAAGUUGUGGAGUUGGGGUCAGAUGUCAAGAAAUUUAGAGUUAAAGACAUUGUGGGAGUUGGGUGUAUAGUUGGGUCUUGUGGGGAGUGCUUGUCAUGCAAAUCCAACGAAGAGCAGUACUGCAACAACAGAAUCCUCACUUACAAUGGCACAGACAAAGAUGGCCGACCCACUCAGGGAGGCUUCUCCUCUGCCAUGGUUGUUCAUCACAAGUUUGUGGUCCGGAUACCAGAAAAGCUUGCACCAGAGCAGGCGGCACCACUGCUGUGUGCUGGGGUGACAGCUUAUAGUCCAUUGAAACAGUUCAAGGGGUUCAAUAAAGCUCUCAAGGCCGGGAUUUUGGGUUUAGGGGGAGUUGGUCAUCUGGGUGUUUUGAUAGCGAAGGCAAUGGGGCAUCAUGUCACUGUCAUCAGUUCUUCUGAUAAGAAGAGGGUGGAGGCGUUGGAGCAAUUGGGUGCAGAUGCUUUUCUGAUAAGCUCCAACACGGCAGAGAUGGAACAAGCCGCUAGCAGCUUGGAUUAUAUCCUCGACACUGUGCCGGCUGUGCACCCUUUACAAUCCUACCUUCCACUUCUCAAGGUCGAUGGAAAGCUAAUGUUAGUUGGGGUUGCUCCUAAACCACUGCAGUUUGAUUCCGUCGACUUGAUUCUAGGAAAGAAGACGAUAUCCGGGAGUCUCAUUGGAAGCAUGGAAGAGACACAGGAGAUAUUGGAGUUCUGGGCGCUGAAGGGUUUGACAUCAAUGGUAGAAGUGGUGAAGAUGGAUUACUCAAACCAGGCAUUCGAAAGAAUGGAGAGGAACGAUGUGAGAUACAGGUUUGUGCUGGACGUGGCUGGCAGCAAUCUGGAAUGAUGAAGCCCGUAUGCUUGUCUACAACGACAAUUUCAUUUCUUCAAUAACGUCUUUCGGGUCUCUCAUACAAUAAAACAGUCCUAAGAAAGAUCUCAAAAGCAAAUAAAAAUCUAUGGAAGAUUAUGACUCUUUCAUGCUUGUAACUCUUUCCUUAGCUGGAACGUGAAUUUCAUUACAACUGUUGCUAGAUUGGAAUAAUAUUGGUACGUGGCCCAUAAGUAUCACGACACAUUGCCUUCCAAAACGGCAUUACCAUUUAAAUCUCAAACCACUACUUCGAGGAGAGUUUUUGGUUUCUGUAAGAGCAGAUCACACCAUAAGAAUCACUUCAGUUACAAGAAACAUUGGGCUAUUCCAAGAGGUAGCACUUCAUGGUACAACAAAGUCCCGGAAGAAUGUCAACUAAAAUAGAGAAGAAUGUCACUUGGAAAGAAUGAAUUACCAAGGCUACUGUUACAACAACAAUUAGAUGUUCCAACCUGGAUUGUUAAGCAGGAAGACAACAAUUAGAUGUUCCAUCCUCAGUCAUCUUUUCCCUUGCCUUUUCCCUCAGAAACUUUGGGGCCAUCAUAAGCAGAAAGGAAGAAAGUACUUUGAUUUUUCUGCAGAAACCUG